ACGUUGGUCAGAAAAUUACAACAUCAUAGCACAUAAUUAAUGUUCCUAAAAUCAAAUUCUCCCGUUGGUUCGAAAUUUAAUUUUAGAAACACUAAUUUUCAUCAAUUUCAUCUAUUUGCAGUGGAAGAUCUAUAUACAAUUCAUAUAAACAAUAACAAAACUCUGUUGUUUACUCUCUGUAAAAAUUCGCCCGUUGGUUCAAAUUUAAACAGAGGUAAAACUUGAAAAACAAUUCAAAAUUCUAUUGUAAUUUGCAUGAAAAUAUACAAAAUACCUGUUCAGAAACAUUUCUCACAUUUAUCUAUUCUCUAAACAAUUUUCACGUUGGUUCAAAUUGCUUAGAAAUAAACACAAUCAUUAAACAUAUUGAAAAUGCUUCCUUCGGCCGAGGGACUUUUAUUAAACUUCUUUUUCUUCUUUUCCUUCUUUCUUUCGGCCGAGGGACCUAAAGUGGACUUUUGGCCGGUCUGGCCCGUCCGGCCCGCGGCCACCAGCCGACCGUCACCAUCCGGCCAUCCAUUUGCUAGGGUUAGGAUCGGACGGUCAGCCGCCGAGUUCGGGGAAACAAAAACCCUUCCUCCCAACCGGCCAAACCCUAGCCGCACAUUUCACUUCUCCUCUCUCCCUCCUCUCUCUACACCGGAGCGGCGGCGCCAUCGGCGGCGGCCGGAGGAGGUGGCGGCGCCGUCGCGGGGCCCCUCGCCGGCGCGCGUGCUCACCCUAGGCAGAGCGCGCCGCCGUCGAGCGGCCUUGUGACGGUGUGGUCGGCGCCCUCUCGUCUCCCCCCGGCUUCGGCGACGGCCGGCGACGGCGGUGGAUGGGGAAACACGGCGGCGCCAUCUUUUCUUUUCUCUUCUCUUCUCCCCCCACCGUCUCUAGCCCCCACCGCGAAGUGAGAGAAAGAGGGCGGCGGCCGAAGGAGAUGGCGGCGCCGCCGCGGCCCCCCUCGCCGGCACGCGCGUGCACCCGCGGGUGCGCGCACGGCCGUCGAGUUGCUCCUAGGUGGUGCCUCUUUGCCCCUCCCCCCUCCGUUGCCGGCGUCAACGACGGCCGGCGACGAGCUCAUCACCAGACAAUUGGAUGGAAGGAAUAAACGGAAGCCAGUCUCUUGCUCUUCAGACUUACAUUGGUGGAAAUAUUGAAGGGCUUCAUCUUACAUGAUCUCACUGGUACGUAAACUUGAGUUCAGCAACUGCAUAGACAUCACCAUUUGGUCUCAUGAAGCUCACUAGUGAAGUCAUAUAGUAUGGAUUGGUAUCUGUUUAUCCAAGAACAAUUCAAGUUAUUAUGGCUUUACCUAUGUAUUGUCUACAAAAUUUUUGUUUAGUCUGUGAUUAAAAUAAACUGUACAAUUUUCUCUUUUUACUUCCUGCCAUGCCGUUUAUUCUCUGAAAAUAUAGAUGCCCUGUCUACUUAGAGCAAGUUUAAUAAGAGAGCCGGUUGUUGUCUAUAAAAUUAUCUACAUCAAAGAUAGGUGUAUAACAACAGACUAUUAGGUAGAUUGCUAUACACAAAUUACAAAAAUAUACCAUUCAAUUUUUUUAAUUUGGGUCCCCACCACAUUAACUUGCCUUUUCUCUCACCCGUCAACCUUUUUUUCUCCCAACCAAUCAGAAGGACAUGCAAUCCCACAUAUAAAGGCUUCCACAAUGUGCCAUAAGAAUGAGCCAUAGGCCUUUUAACUAACCAUAUAUAUUAUGGGCACUAGCCAUAAGACAUUAAAUACUAAAAAUAGCCAUAAGUUUUUUAUGGCUCAACCUUAAAAAAUAAAAUGAUGAGAUAAAGCAUACAUGCACACUAAAGAGGAUGAGGAUGAGAAUAGAUUAUGGUAUGGUGGGACCUACUUUAAAGUAGAAUUUGUUUACAUAGAUGUGUGAACCAUCUUAACAUAUAUUCUUGCCUUCAACAUUGUGGCUAUGGACAUAGGGUAUGGUGGGACCUAUCUUAUUUUCACCAUGACCUUUAAGCAUUGCUGUUGCAUCGGCUGCAUGUAGGUGCCACUGCCUUUUUUCUCGUGCUAUCACCUGGCGGCUGCAUGAGCGUCCGCUUUGCUCUCUCUCUCCUCUCUUCUCUUUCUUCCACCUAGAUUUUGCUGAAGUGGACAAUUCUACCCACUGCUAAUUCAGCUUUUAUUGUACCUGCUCUCAUAGGUGACUCUGUUAGAUUGCUUAUGUGGCAUAUUACAUCCCCAUCAACAUGUACAUUUCAGUUCAUUGGCUUCUUUUUUUAAAAAAAAAAUUAUAAUCCUAUGCUAUUCCAUAAUGUUCCGCAGUAACGUCUGAGGUACCAUCCAGUACGUAUACAUAAAAAUAAGCCGGGAGUUGAAGAAAUGGUCAGCUUAGCUCCUGGAUUCUCUCAUCUAUUUAUAGCUAACGAAUACAGGGACUUAAUUAAACAGCAUUACAGGAGCUAGCAAACCAGAAAAGCUUUAAAACCUUUUUUUUUCUAAAAAAGGGGGGGGGGUGUGUGGGGAAAUCUUGAAAACAGAAUCAAUCCCUUACGUUUCAAUUUAUCUCCUAGAAAUCUAUUGACUCAAUGUAACCCUUGAACAAAACACCGUAUGAGCAUGCCACGUAAUCCUCAUAUAUAAGGACAAAAAUAAAUCCUUCUACCCUUACAUAUACCAUAUUACAGUAAUAAGAACAAACAAAAAUAAUAAUAACCCAGAAAGUCAUGAUAGAAUGCCAGCCUGAUUUUUUUUAAAUAUAUAUGGUUUUGUCUUUUCUUUCUUUUUAUUUGUUAUUAUGAUUAUAUAUAAUGAUCAUUAUUAUUGUUCUUACAUGCGUGGAUAACAUGGCACGUUCAUGUGGUAUUUUUUGUCUCGCGCCGUACGUCCAACGCGUAGCGCUCUCCCAUUUCCUGUGUCCCCUAGGAUUAUGUUGAGCCAAGUGUACCAGUAAAAACAAUAUUGAGUCAAAGUGGUAGAUUUUAGACAUAAACAUAUUAAAAUAUGUGAAACUAAACUGAUCCUAUAUCUAAGGGACCGUAGCUAUCCACCCAAUCCCAAACUAGCUGUUGGGUUUAAUUUCCUCGAAAAUGACUGUAAAAAACCAACUUCUUUUAAGCCUACAUAAAAUCAGCCACUAAAACAAUGGAGAAUUAGGAUCGAAUCAAUAUUAGGUCUAGUAAUUAACCAAUGGAUCAUCAGAGCAGCGGCGGCGGCCAUUGUUCCAACCCUCCCAGCUGCGGCUUCUGCGGCCGCGCCACCGUCGCCAUCAGCUUCGCCGCCGUCCCCGCCGGCUUCUGCACCUGCAACGUCUGCCUCCGCGACCUCGCCGGCGUCCUCGGCUACCGCUGCCCGCUCUGCAACUUCACCGUCCACCGCCAAGGAUGCCGCCGCCCCCACCACCACCACCCGCCGCCGGUGGCCUACACGCAGCACCAGCGGGCAUCGUCCUACAACCAGGCGCCGGUGGCGGCGUCGUCGCCGCGCGCGAGCGGCAGCCGGAGGAAGCGGGUGAAGACGUUCGUCAUCAGGCUCGUCGAGAAGGUCAUCGGGCUGGAGAAGAACGGCCGCGGCGGCGGCGGCGGUGGGCGCAAGAAGAAAGGCAAAGGCAAAGGCGGCGGCGGCGAGGACGAAGAGGAGGAGGAGGAGGAAGAAGAGGAGGAGGGAUAUGACGAUUAAUCUGCUCGCGUAGGUAAACCUGCGGCGCCUCUGGAUUAAUUCUACUUAAUUAAUUGCUCCCGCCGUUUCAUAUUAUAAUACUUUCAUUGUUCACAUUCUACUGUUAAUGAAUCUAGACACAUAUAAAUGUGCGCAAUGCUAGAAAGUCUUAUAAUACGAAACGGAGGAAGUAUUACUUUAUCAUCUCUAGAUUAAUUCUGCUUAAUUAAUUAUUACUUCCUUAGUUUCUUUUCAUGUACUCAUUCCUUUUUUUAAUAUAAGAUUUUUUUUAUAUUUUGAUAUACAUUCGAUCAUAUGACUUAUUCAAUUUUUAUUUUUACAAAUCAAUAAAAUUACAAGCCAUGUUUAAAGAGGAGGAAGA